UGGCGGCCACCGUCCCCGUCGCCCGCCGCCGUCGACGAUGAACAAUUGAUUGAAAAUGCUUGGCACGCGGAAAUUUCCCCACUAGAGCUGCCAAAAGUCCGCUCCAGCGCUUUUCUCUCACCAACCUCCUCCCCUUGGCCUGCAAAACUCGACUCGGACCCCAGCAGCUCCAGAUUUCCCACGCGACUCCAGCUGCACCAACCGCACACAUGGCCGACACCCACGAGGCUGCCGCCGCGCCCGCCCACGCCGUCCAGGCUGAGAGCUCCGUCGAGGUCCAGUCAGCUCCCAAGACGGAUGCGCCCGCGACCGAGCCCACCGCCGACAAGGCUGCCAACGACGGCGAGGACAAGCCAGAGCGCAACGGCGACUCGAAAGACACGGACGCACGCCACGGCGACCGCAACGGCAGGAGCGACCGCAACGACCGCAAUGACCGCCGCGAUGGUGGACGCGAUACCCGCAGGGGUGGCCGGGGCGGUCGAGGCGGCGGUCGAGGCGGUCGCGGUGGUGGCAACUUCAGGAACAAAAAGCCCAACGACGAGUUUGACGACCUCCCCGAGACAGACGACCCCAUCCAGAUCCGCUCCCAGGUCGAGUUCUACUUCUCCCCCCACAACCUGGUCACCGACGAGCAUCUGUUCAAGGAGCUCGACGGCCCCAACAACCGCCCAGUUUCCCUCAAGCACAUCACCAGCUUCAAGCGCAUGCGCCACUUCCAGCCCUACUCGGCCGUCGUCGACGCCCUGCGCGAGAGCACAGAACUCGUCGUCGUCGAUGACGGCGACUUCAGCGGCACUGGGAAAGAGGCUGUCAAGCUCAGGCAGUCCCUUGUCGUCCCUACACAGGACGGUGACGACAAGAACCCCCCUUCCAUUGGCGAGCUCUUCUACCGUUUCCACAAGGCGUCCCCCAACAACAUCGACGCGAGCGUCUACGUAAAAGGCUUCGGCAAUGAUGCAGGCGCCGGCCAGAUUGCCCUCGAGCAGUUCUUCCGGCCCUUUGGCUCCGUCAUGGUGCGCAAGCGCCGCGAUGACAGCACUGGGGUCUGGAAGGGCAGCGUCUUUGUCGAGUUCGACACCGAGGAGAACCAGAAGCAGUUCCUCGCCCUCGACCCCAAGCCCAAGUUCAACGACAACGACCUCAUCAUCAUGGGCAAGAAGGAGUACGUCAAGAUGAAGUGCGACGAGAAGGGCAUUGUGCCAGCUUGGGAGAGGAAUGGCAGUGACAAGCGAUCCUACAACAACAAUAACAAGGGUGGUGAUCGCGACCGCGGCGGCCGAGGUGGAGGUCGUGGCCGCGGACGCGGAGGUCGAGGAGGUCGUGGCGGCCACCGUGAUGACCGUCGCGAAAACCGCCGAGGCAACAACCGCUCCCGCUCUCCCCGUGCGCGCCGAGACCGCAGCGGCUCUGUGGACAGCGGCGACUGGAACAACCGUCGCGAUCGCUUCCGCCAGGGCAAGGACGACAAGAGCAGCCGCAAGGACGAGGAUAAGAAGGAGCCCAAGGACGUCGAGCGCGAUGCGCACGGCGUACCUGUUAUCAAGGACACUCGGGAUGAGGUCGCGUCCAACAAGCGCAAGGCUGGCGACGAAGAAAAUGCGGCAGGCCCCAAGAAGAGCAAGCUCGAGAUCAAGCAAGACGAGUGAGGGGAUUUCCUCUUCACGCUGCAUCUUCCCCGCAAGCUCGGUCGUCGCCUCUCUGGCACAAACCAGGAUCCAUUAUCCUUGGUACUUCCUUUUGCAUUUGUGGCGUUAAUGGUCUUUUCACACUAGCUAUCUCUAAGAUAUCACAACGGAUGACACGGUUUUGGAAAAGUUUCAUUCAUGAUGGGCAUACGCAAUGCAUGCUGCUGUAUUUUGGCACGACCUGGGCGAAAUGCAGAGUUUGCUCUAUCUUUCCAGAACACUUUGUGAUCUUUCGUGACAGUGAUUCGUUGUUCAAAAUGCUCAACCCAGCCUCUCGAUUAGGUACCAAAGCUUGAAGUAAGCAGCGCCCUUUUUUCGAGCAAAAUCACGCGUCAGAAUUUAGGAUCCACACUAUGAAUGAAACAGGUAAGGCGUGUAUUUGAAGCACUCAA